AUGAGCCGGUCCAUCUUUCUCCUGUCCUUGGUCUUUCUGAUCUGCUUGUUCACUGAGGGUCAAUGGAUGUUCAUAAGCAAGCAAUGCCUGUGCUCCAGAACAUAUGACAGUCUGUGGCCUGGAAACAUCAAGGAGUGGAAAGUGCACAAACCAAGUGCAUUCUGUGACACCACUGAGAUUAUUGUGAUUUUGAAGAAACCUCACAUAAAAGUCUGCCUGAAUCCUAAUUCAAAACUAGGACGCCAACUACAAGCAAAUUACAUGGCAAGUACACACCAGAUCAUCCAUCAGAAGACUAUAAAAUAG